GUCCUCCUCUUCACCGUGGUGAGUCUGAGCGGUUGUGUCCCCGGUCUGGCACGUUCCUGGCUAAAUUCUCCACAGUGUAAAAUUGGAGCCCCCCUUUCAUUGAACCAGGCCAGAAAACGAACUCUUUUAAUUGAUCACAUUCGCCACUAAAUUACUGCUCCUUCCACACCUCAAAAUCUGCACCAGACACCUCGGACUGGAAGAUGGCGGUGGUAAGCGGGAUGUUGGGGUCGGCUAUAGCCCGGCUGGAGGGCCGAGAGUUCGAGUAUCUCAUGAAGAAAAGGUCGGUGACUAUCGGCCGGAACUCUUCCCAGGGCUCAGUGGACGUCAGCAUGGGCCACUCGAGCUUCAUAUCCCGGCGGCACCUCGAAAUCUUCACCGCCGGGGAGGAUGGCUCGGGCACGAGGGAAUUCUACCUCCGGUGCCUUGGAAAAAACGGGGUGUUUGUUGAUGGGGUGUUCCAGAGAAGAGGGGCUCCACCUCUCCAGCUUCCACGAAUGUGUUGCUUCCGCUUCCCCAGCACGAGUAUAAAGAUCACGUUCACCGCCCUGUCCAGCGACAAGAAGGAGCCAAGGAACGUGCCGGAAUCACCGGUCAAGCCCGUCCAGCCCCAAAUCUCACCGCUGACCAUCAACAUUCCCGACAACAUCGCCCACCUCAUGAGCCCGCUGCCCUCGCCCACCGGCACCAUUAGCGCUGCAAACUCGUGUCCGUCAAGUCCGAGGGGAGCAGGACUCUCCAGCUACAGAACGAGCCGCGUUCUCACCUCGGAAAUCAUAGGAGACAACUCGCAAUCGGAAAACGACAAGGAGGCCUCCGGUGAAGACAGCCCAAAGGACGACUCCAAACCUCCAUAUUCCUAUGCACAACUAAUAGUCCAAGCUAUCACCAUGGCUCCAGAUAAACAGCUAACUCUGAAUGGAAUAUACACCCACAUCACCAAGAACUACCCCUACUACAGAACAGCUGACAAAGGCUGGCAGAACUCGAUCCGCCACAACCUGUCCCUGAACCGCUACUUCAUCAAAGUGGCCCGGUCCCAGGAGGAGCCCGGCAAGGGUUCAUUCUGGAGGAUCGACCCCUCCUCGGAGGGCAAGCUCAUCGAGCAGGCCUUCAGAAAGCGUCGGCCCCGGGGAGUGCCCUGCUUCCGGACCCCGGUGGGGCCGCUCUCCUCCAGGAGCGCCCCUGCAUCUCCCAACCACAUGGGGGUGCUGUCCGCCCACUCCAGUGGAGUCCAGACCCCAGACAGCCUGUCCAGAGAGGGAUCCCCUGUCCCCAUGGAGGCAGAGGCCCCCCCAACAGCACCCACCCAGACAGCUGCAGUCCAGCCCAAGCUGGCUGUCAUCCAGGAGGCUCGCUUCGCACAAAACUCCCCAGGCUCCCCCCUCAACAGCCAGCCGGUGCUGAUCGCCGUGCAGCGCCAGAUGCCUCAGACCACCAUGAAGCCUGUGACCUACGCCAUGGCAACCCCAGCCAUGGUAACGACAUCGGUGAGCUCCACUCCCGUCAUGCAGACCGUGCACGUGGUCCACCAGAUCCCGGCGGUCACCAUGGCGACCGUCGGAGGGCAGCCCGCCUCGAUGGAGAGCCCCAAGCCUCAGGAGAACGGAGGAGAUCACCAGGAGGUCAAAGUCAAAGUGGAGCCGGUCCCGUCCAUCACGGCUUCCUCUAUAGGCGGAGUCGGCCGCAUCAUCCAGAGCUCACAGGCUGCUCCCUUGACGACCGUCACCAUAGUGCAGCAAGCCCCGCUCGGCCAGCACCAGCUUCCCAUCAAGGCCAUCACACAGAACGGGACUCACCUGGUGCCCAUCAGCACCGCUGCUGGUUCAGCAAACCCUCUCCAUCUCCUGGCAACGCACGCCUCGGCCUCGGCCUCCCUCCCCACCAAGAGGCAGAACGGAGAGCUGCAGGACCCGCCCGAGUCCAAGAGGGCGAAAACCGAUGAGAACGGCCCGGCCGCCGCCGCCGCCGUCGGCAACAACAACGGCACCGCGGACAGCGAAGAGGCUGACGACAAGUAGCCCCGCCCACCCCCAUCUCCGCCCCUCCAUCCUCCCAUCCCACCCUCCGUCACCAUCCUCAAGGUGCCAAAAAGAAAAGCACUACCGAUUGUGCGAACCCCACCUGUCUGCCCCCUGUCUGCCAAGUAUUUAAUAGCAGAAAACACGAUGCAAAAAAACAAAAGCAAAAAAACAAAAAACUAGAGACCAAACUGAAAAUGAAACAGAAGCGUAGCUGAUGACUGUGAAUCCCCCCUUCCAACUCCCAUCACUCUCAAGUUUGAGACCCAGAGAGCAAGAAGAAGCAGAGACAGAAAGAAAGGAAAGUCCAGAACAAUAAGAUUAUCCAUGCAACUUGCCCCGCCCUCCUCGCCCCCCAGCCACCCAAAGACAAACAGGAGUCUCUCCUCCUGGUAGCAUUACAGAAAAAUCAAAGCGUUCAACCAGCAGGCAGGCUUGUGGACAUGUGGACAUUCCCAUCUUCGGCAGCUAGCCUCCACGUCGACCUACCUAACCGAGUCGCGAGUAGAAAUGCAGUAUUCCGUCGUAUCUUCGGUGCGGCACAGAGCAGUUAGUCUGUUUUUCUUUUUUUUUUUUUUUUUUGGGUGUUUUCUUUUCCCGAGGCACCCGUAAUAAUCCGGAGCAGCUGAGCGCCGCCUCUUUAAGAAACAUCCUAACAUCUCAAUUCUGGGAAUCUUUCCUGUUGUUUUUUUAUUUUAUUUUUUUAUUGUUGUGUGUGGACUGUUCAGUGACAUGAAUGUAGUCUUACUUUUUUGUUUUGUUUUUGUUUUAUAUAUAUAUAUAUAUUUUAGUUUUUUUUUUCUCAUUUAAAGGAAACACUAUGGAGUGGAUGCUCUUUCUGUUUCUGCGAAUGAAACGUGGUUCUCACUGUACAUCAACAGAAUCUUUUGUCAUAUUUUCCAGAUAUCCUACGAAUUAAAACGUAUAUUCCCGUGUGUAUUUGAGCAUACGUGUCAUUGAGCUUGCAUGUUACAGAUGUAGAAACAAAACAUACCAGAGCAGAUCAUUUGAAUAUGGAACUGAAGAAAACUUAGACUGAAUCUACGCUAUAACGAUUCUGACCUGUACUGCACUUAACCUCUUAGUUUUUUUUUUAUUAUUAUUAUUAUUUGCUCACUUGUUUUUUCCCUGUCAUCGUCGGCUGUGUUUAUCUUUGUGUUGAAGUUGAUUCGCUUGGUUUUCUUUCCUUUUGCGUUUUCUUUUCUUGUUAAUUUCAGGCGACAAAGUAAAGCUAUUCAGCUUGUAUUCUAUGUUCUAUGAGCUAAAACAAGUGAUAGGUGUUCGUUCUGCUUCAGUGGAAAAUUGCUUUUGUUUUUUUAUAUAUAUAUAAAUUUAUUUAAACACA